CCAAAGUAUUCAUUCUAAUCGGGAAGUGUGCUUAUUUCUUUCUACUUCUGCUCCACACUGGAUCUGGAUUCUGGAGGAGCUUAGGCAACCCAACAGAGGCCUCAUUGCCGGCGAUGUCAAGCUUAUCGGCGUUAAGUUCUGAGCUGGGUGUGCACAAGCUAGUGAAGAUUAGUUAGGGUUAGGAUUAGAGAUGAAGGAUAGGCCGGCGAUGUGAGGGCGAUUGAUCGUAUAGACUUGGAGGAAGGGGAGAUUGGCAUGGCGGCUGAACAAGGGGGCCAUCCGUCGGAGCCGAUUCAUUUACCGGCAGAAAUCGACUGGGAUAUGCUCGACAAAUCCCGAUUCUUUUUCCUUGGCGCCGCGCUCUUUUCUGGCAUCUCGGUGGCUCUAUACCCUGCGAUCGUCCUCAAGACUCGUCUCCAGAUCUGCCAAACCCCUCUUUCCUGCUUCCGCGAAGCCGCCUUCAUUCUCCGCCAUGAGGGCUCUUACGGUUUCUAUCGUGGAUUCGCAACCUCCCUCGCUGGCACGAUCCCCGCACGCGCCCUCUACAUGACCGCGUUGGAGUUCACUAAAAGCACCGUCGGAUCUGCGACCAGCCGCCUGGGCGUGCCAGAUCCUGCAGCUGCUGCGGCGUCGAACGCCGCUGCUGGUCUCAGCGCGUCAGUCGCAGCGCAGAUUGUCUGGACGCCGAUCGAUGUGGUUAGCCAGCGACUUAUGGUGCAGGGCAGCGAAAUGCCUUUGAAGUAUCGCGGCGGCAUCGAUGCCUUCCUAAAGAUUCUCCGCUCUGAUGGCUUCCCCGGUCUCUACCGUGGAUUUGGGAUGUCGAUUUUGACCUACGCGCCGUCCAGCGCGGUUUGGUGGGCUUCUUAUUCCACGUCUCAAAGGAUCAUUUGGGGCGGAGUAGGGCUCUGGUUUAGCCGCCGAGAUUCUUCUGUGGUGAAGCCGGGAUAUGGGACGGUGGCGGCGGUGCAAGGAGCAAGCGCGGCCAUUGCUGGAGGAGCGGCGGCGCUUGUGACGAUGCCAUUGGACACGGUGAAGACCAGGAUGCAGGUGAUGGAUGGGGGCGAUGAUGGAGGGAAGAGAAUGAUGACGAUCAGACGGACGGUGAGGAGCUUGUUGAGGGAGGGAGGAUGGAUGGCUUGCUAUAAGGGAUUGGGUCCAAGAUGGGCAUCCAUGUCGCUUUCUUCAGUCACCAUGAUCACUACCUACGAGUUCUUGAAGCGGCUGUCUGCUAAGAAGCAGAGGAGCUUCAAUUGAGGUACGGGCAUUAUGGAAAAUGAUUUGAAAGAAAUUAGGGUCCUAGUCUUUUUUUUUAUUGGUAUUAUUUUUGUUUUGCAUUUAUGUGUUGUAUAUAAGGUGGGUUUUAGAUGAUGUUUGUUAGAUUGAGGGGAGGGAUUGAUUUUUUUGAACACUUUGAGCUUGUGCUUUAUUUUCGAUGCAGGGGUUAGUCUUGUGUCUAGUUUAGCGAGAAAUCGACGGAAUAAUUUUAUGCUUAAA